UCAGGUUAAGUUGGCUUUGUUUAGUGUAGAUAGGGAGGAGCACUGCUUGAACUUUCCAUAAAUUUAGUUAUCUGGGUUAAAAUCACUAUAUUUUUGCCUCGUCUACUGAAUACGGCACAAAUUUACAUAACAAUAUUAAUAUUUACUUUAGCAAAAUUAGAGUGCUUGGAAAUGAUAGACCAAAUUAAACUGCUGCUCUGCAGUUCUUUAAGAACCUCUGCCACCUCUUUAUAUUGAGCUUUUUUAUAAGAAACUUUAAUGGGGUGGAAUCAUUAGCACAAUGUCCAGCCCUCAACUUGGGGGACUGGUGGAUUAUAUUUAGUCCGACUCCUGUCCUUUGGCUUGGGUGACCCUACUGGCAGGUUAUACUCCACCAGCAUAGCUCUCAGGAUAAUAAGAUCUUCCAGGCCUUCCUACUUGCAACAUGUAUUUUGUCAAGGUGGUAGUUCUUGGGGGAUAAAUUAAAAUUAAUACAAUGAAUUAUGAUGGGUCAACUAAAAGGAAAUGGAAUUACAAGAAAAACAAAAAUAUUACAAAUAUCAUAUUUAGUAAAGUGUGCCUAUUGUAUGGCAUGAUUUUAAUAAUGAAUAUCAGGAACCAAUACAGUAUAAUUAAAGUUAUCACUAAUUUACUCUCAACUGAAUAGUAUGAUUUUUUGAAAUGUGGGUGUGACAUUUGGUUUCUGUUUCUGGGUGGAGAGAGAAUUUGAAAAGAAUGUAUGUAGAAAGAUAAUUUGACUGAAGAGAGAUGAAAGUAGAGACUAGUGACAGUUGCAAUGUAACUUCAUAAUUAUUAUGCUGAACCCAAUUUUGCAAAGAUAAUGAAAUGGCCAAAGCCUAUAGCAAACUUCAGGGAAAUGAGAAAUGCAUAUAAAUUUUGGUCUCUGUUGACCUUAUGGGUCCCUUUGGUUCCUGAAAGGAAGAACUGAGUGUCUUAUUCCAGUCACUGUUAGAACCGCAUGCAUCCCUAAGUGUCAUGUUGCCUGCGCGACAUAGGAGCAUGGUUUUGAUGAAGAAGAUCACCAGGGGAACACACAGAAAAGUGAAUUAUGUGUCAAAGCUUUUUCAGCCUCAGAAUGUUGUUCCAAAAGACAACAAGGUGAAGAAUGAAGACUGUCUUUCAAAGAGCCAGAAGCUGAUGCUAGAUUUGGGUGUGAUUCGUCAGGCAAGCGCUGGGGCAUUCCACAUGCUUCCACUCAGUGAACGUUCCUUGCAAAAGUUGAUAAGCAUUGUAGAUGAUGAAAUGAGUAAGAUCGAUGCACAGAAACUGAUGCUGCCCCUUCUGACCCCUGGAGAGCUAUGGAAAACUACAGGUCGCUGGGAAGAUGUGGGGGAAGAGCUCUUUACAUUGAAGGACCGCCAUGACAAGGAGUUUGUGCUUAGUCCAACACAUGAAGAAGCAGUGACAGAUCUAAUAGCAUCAGUACCACAGCUGUCCUACCGACAAUUUCCCCUGCGUCUUUACCAAGUGUCCAACAAGUUUCGGGAUGAGAUGAGACCAAGAUUUGGGCUACUUCGUGGAAAGGAGUUUAUAAUGAAGGAUCUGUAUACUUUUGAUGUGUCUCAGGAAGCAGCCAGUGAGACUUACAAGGCAGUGAGUGAAGCUUAUGAGAACAUAUUCAGGAGAAUAGGUAUUCGAUAUCUCAGAGUUUCAGCUGCCGCUGGGAUCAUGGGCGGGUCCAUCUCCCAUGAGUAUCACUUCCUAGCCACUACUGGAGAAACACAGCUACUUACCUGUGAAUCUUGUGGUUACGGGACCAGUGCAGAGAAUAGUGUCACACAUGACUGUCCAGCAUGUGGUCACAGCUUUCUACAGUGCAGACCUGGAAUUGAGGUUGGCCACACCUUCCUCCUUGGAACAAAGUACUCACUGCCCCUGAAGGCCAAGUUUACAACAGCAACAGGAAAAUCAGACUUCCUGCAGAUGGGAAGCUAUGGCCUGGGUAUGACACGCAUUCUAGCUGCUAGUGUUGAGGUGCUCUCCCUGCCAGAUCAAAUAAGGUGGCCCAUUGCUCUCGCCCCAUACACUGUGUGCAUCAUUCCACCAAAGGAAGGAAGUAAGGAAAGUGCAGUGGCUCACUUAGCAGAAGAACUCUACCACAAGCUGAACUCUGUAGACUGUUUCAGGGAUGAUUUAAUAAUCGACAACAGGUGCAAUAUGACUAUUGGCAAACGCCUGUUUGAGGCACAGAAAGUCGGUUAUCCAUUGAUUGUUGUGAUAGGCCGGAAGGCAUUGCAACCCACGCCUGAGUUGGAAGUUUAUCACACUCUGAUGGACAAGGAGACCAGCAUCAACAAGACUGACAUGAUUCCAUACUUGAAAGAAUGCCUUCUCAAUAAAUAGAAAGUGUUUGAUG